AAACAAUCUUUUUAUCCUCCGGACCGGGCGGCUUUUUGGAUAUCCCGGCUAGCUGAACGCCCCAUGUAGAGUAGACGUUGACGGACGAUAUCAAUAAUACCCAGAAAGUCACGACAAUCCCGAUAAAUGAAUCCCACUCGAGAAUUUUGCAUUACGAUCUAUAGAAAGCGAGUUUUCUUUCUUUAGUCUCCACUUGGUCGCUCUGAAAAUGGAUUCAAGAUCGAUUUUGGACAAGCCGGUGGUUGGGACGCGGCUCGCUGGUGCGGACUUCGGCUACCGGACGACCCGCUCGGUGCUCCACGACAGCCGGCUGGAGAAAAGCGGCGGGUUGCGGGCGGGGGCGACCGCAAACGGGACCGUCCUCUUCAAAUGUGUGCGAGGCGGCCAGGCGACGAAGGAUAACGUCUCUGCUGAAGGGAAUGGACGAAGAUUGCACGACGGGGAAAAAACUGGCCUGGGCGAACACAGAGACACUGGUUGCACUGCAAGCCUGAAGAGGACCAGUCCUACUCACCGCCCAGUUACAAAUGGGCAAACACCGGGCAGCUUUAUGUCCUUGGACAUCACAACUCAAGAGAGACAGGUGGAGAUGGCUAUCAGCUUCAGGCCAACACCAGGACAGAAUGUACCAGAGAUGGAGAGACAACCGCUCCCUUCUUCUCAUAUCCCUGUCCCCAGGAACAGGAAGCCCUCAGGUCAUGCUGAUAAGGAGGUGAUGGCCGCCGCCGUCCUGACAUCGCUGUCCACAUCCCCGCUGGUGCUCUGCCCGUCCUCCACGCCGACAGCUGCAGUUCCAGAACCAGCGAUUCGGGCUUGGAAGGAGGCGCUGUCAGCCAGCUACAGCAGCUCCACCAGCGGCAACUGGAGCUGGGAUGCCAGCGACCAAUCGGUGCCCUCCACGCCAUCACCGCCUCUGUCCAACGACGCCAACAAGAACUUCCUGCUCCCGUCGCAAGGGGAUGAUGUCAGCGAGGACGUCGCCGAAAGCACGCACUUCAUGUUUGAGGACCCCAUACCUCGCAAACGAAAGAACUCCAUGAAGGUGAUGUUUAAGUGCCUGUGGAAGAACUGUGAAAAGGUCCUCAGCACUUCCUCAGGAAUACAGCGGCACAUCCGCACCGUCCACCUGGGGCGUAACAGCGACUCGGACUACAGUGACGGGGAGGAGGACUUCUACUACUCAGAGAUCGAGGUCAACAUGGACAGCCUGACGGAGGGCAUGUCCAGCCUCACGCCCACCUCGCCCACCACGGCCGGCCCCCCGCCCAUUUUCCCGUCGCCGCUUGCCGACGUCCCGCACUCGGAGCACAUCAACUUGAACGGGGUGCACAGCCACGCUCCGACACUGCUCAGCCAAUCGGCUCCCUCGACCCUCUGCCACAUCCGCACUGACCACGCCUACCAGGGGCCCGCAGUGACCCACGUGCGUACAGUGAGUAUCGGGGAAAAGCGGCAGCCGGCAUCCGGCACAAAUGGCACCGUUAACAAGAACCACGCUUUAAUCAUGCCCAUGCCGAAAUCAGCGCAGGGAAACAGGAAACCCCGCGGGGAGGCCAAAAAGUGCCGGAAGGUCUACGGCAUGGAGAAGAAAGAGAUGUGGUGCACGGCCUGUCGCUGGAAGAAGGCCUGUCAGAGAUUCACCGACUAAGAGCCCACCCCACUUUUAGUCCCCCGCCCCCCGUCGCCGGCAAGACGAGCUCCGCUAUUUGGCGCUGGAGCAGGCUUCUUCUUCUGCUUCUCAGUGCUGCCUCCUGCAGAGCAGCAGGGGGUUUGACUUUGCUCUCUACUCUUUCCAAAAAAAAAAACAGAGAAAAAGGAACUUUCUGCUGGUUUUAAAAAAAAUUUGUUUUCCCUUAAGACUGAGAUUUUUCACUCGCUCACUGUUGAUAAAAAAAAAAAGGGGGGGAUAAGGGCAGGGUUAAAGAAACUUCCAUUUUAAUUGGGAACGUUCAGAUGCUAUUUUUCACUUAUUUUCCACUGAAUGUGUAAAAUGACAAAUAUUUUGGUAUACUCAGUCGCUCAUACUAGCAGCAUGAUGGAAGUUAUUGUUGACGCAUCAGUGGACGGGUUCACGACGCUCCAUAGCACAUCAGUGUUACUGCCGCGCCCUUGUUGAGUUCCAACCAAGUUCUAUCACGCAGCCGUAAUGGACGCCGACGUUCUGCCUGUCCAUUCACUCUUUCAGCUAGACAUUAACCUUCACAUUUUUGCAACGAUGCACAAAACCCUCACAUCAUGUGGUACAAAAUAACAAGAAUUCCCCCUCUUUCAACUUUUGCAAAAAAAAGCUCUAGAGAUGUACAGAACAUAAGAAACAUACCCCCCUCCCCCUCCCCCCUCUUUAACCCAGAGAAAUAUGCACCUUGAAGAAACGACUCGACUUUUACGAGUAUCACUGUAAGCCUGGGGGAGAGGAAAGUGUUUAUCUUAUAGAGAGUUUAUUUUCAGCAUGGAUGUGCUGAAGCAACUAGCAGUUGCACCAUGCAAUCAGCAGGAUUACAACUCGUUGAAUAUUGUCUUUCUUGCUUUCAUGUUGUCGUUGUCGGGAAGGCGAUUCGGGCAGUCUUUGCUUUUCUUGAUUUUUCACGUGACAGCUGAUGUUUUGAGAUUCUGAGAAGAGAUUGUUUUUUGUCGCCGUGUAUUUUGCCGUUUCAAACCACCCCCGUCUGAUUAAGAGGAUAGAAAAAGUCUACACACCCUUGCUCAAAUGGCAGGUCAACGAAAUGAAGGUAAUUUUUCCACUGUUAACGUGCGAACCUUUGGCCAUAAUUUCCAAAGAUUGUUUGCCACAAUGACAUUAUAUCUCGGUUCAUUUUUCACUUUUGUCUCUCUCUAGAAAAAAAAAGACUUAUUCUUUCAUUUGAUUUGCAGGGGUUAUAGGUCACGCACAUGAUUUGUCAUGGUCUCAUUUUUGUUUAUCGCAUUUGAGCGGGGGUGUGCAGACUUUCUCUAGCCGCUGAAGGUAGUGAGCCCGUCAUGACUUCCUGUCUGGAGGGCAGCCCUUUAAUGCGGAGAGACUUGUGCAUUAGCAAACCUGACUUCACUGGAACAUUUGUUGUCAUUUCAAACCUUCAAGUGAUCCUCGCUGGGUUGUAAGAUUUGCAAUUCUAAUGCAGCGUCUCAAAGCAUUUACUUGAUUUGUAAUAAGAUGGAAGUAUAGUCCUCCGUUUUUUUUCCCCCCAGAUUAAACCUUGCUGAUGGAUCUUAAGAUUAGUACAGUAAGGGCAAUUGCUUUAUUUAAUCACAAAUCUGUUUGAAAUUCCUCUUGGAGGUCCAAGACACGCGAGAGAGCUGAGGAGAAUAAUAGCCAGCGACAAUCAAGACAUUUCUAUUCAAUAACAGGCAGCUUUGUGAUUGGCUAAAUAAAGCUGGAUGGCUCUCGUGGGUGAUUUUAUUGAUGAAAGUAGACUAAACCAUUGCUAAUCAAUGUAGUUUUUUGUUAGGUGUCUUUUUCUUUAAGAUGGACUUGUUUUUCUAAUUGUUGUAUAAUUCUUCUAUUCAAAGACCCAAGAAGCGCUUGACGUAUCUCCUCUUUAGCAAGUCAUAUGGUCGUUGUACUUUUAUCGGACUAAUUUUUAAUUUUACAAACUGGCGCAGUGACCGAGGAUCCGUAUUUUCAAGCCUUGUUGUCGAUGUGGAUUUGACCACGUUUUUGCGCAGCCCUUCAGCUUUGUAGAAAAAGUGACAAACACGUAGGCUAUCAGAGCAAAUGUGGUGACCUUUGAUCUUUAUUGCCAUGGAAACUUUACCUUUUCUUUUCUCGAUGCUUGCCUAAGUGCAUGCGUGGGAUCUCGUCUAUUCCCAGGUUUCUCCACCUUCUUUUUGUUUUUCCUCCAGUAAAGUGAUAAGCUAACUCCCUCUCGUCCUGUGAUUGGCCGACCUCGUAAAGGACAGAAACCUCACAAAGUGCCAACGAUAAGAACAUAAGAAAAAGGAAAGCUAUACUGACCUGAAGCAAAUUGCACUACAUUGCACUGUGCUAAGACAAGUGUUUUUUCUAUGUGGACAUUUUCUACACGCGUGAUUUCAAAGCGAUUGUUCAGUUUUCCAAAAAUAGUGUUUGAGGGCCAAGGCCCGAUGAGAGAAACCAGGGUGUCAGGGAUUGAGGUUGAAACACCUCCCAUCAGCAUCAUCAUCUUCAUCUUCUUGGUCCUCAUCAGAUGAAAUGAUCUGGCCCUCUUUUUUUUUUUCUGUACUCAAGAGUUUGUCGUGUUUCCUCCAGUGCGGUACCUGCUUGUGAGUUCUGUGCUUGAUUCUUGCAUUUCUGCAAAAUCUCCGGACUUUCAUGUGCACUGUGAUUGCGCUUCCCACUCGCUCGCAUGAAUCCCGCUGUGUGCGUGCGCGUGCGCUCAUACCGCUUUUCACCAAGAUAGACGAGCAACCCGGUUGAUGACUUUUUAAAGCAGGCACUUUUACCGCUCCUGUGGGUUGACCAGGGGUGUCCAAUUUUUUGCCGCCCAGGGAGUGAAUACAGAGAAAGCAAGAUACGCCAUUUUAUUAAUUUAUUCAAGAAAUCUUAUCAACGGGAGAAGGAAUAGCCAAAAUUUGCGAUUGACUUCCAUACUGAAGUUUGUAUUUGAUGCCACAAUAUUGCAGCAAAGCACUUUUUAUACUAGACAAAGAUUUGAUCUGAUUGAAUUACUUAGUUCAACAUUGGCACUUAGCACCAGCAAGCCACCAGGUGGCGUCAAAGCCAUAUUUUCGUCUAAGACACGGUUUUGGCCUGAGCACAAAAAAAAAAAAAAAAAAGUUUUUGAAAGCCAAACCACACGUUCCCUUUAAGUUAGUUGCUGUGAGUCCUUGAGAUUAAUUUGUUCCUUGUAUUUUGGACACCCCUGAUUGAAAUCACCAUUGCACUUCCACAUCUCCAGCUGAGCCAUGCGUUACGGGCGUACUUGUACCCCACAUCCGCUUUGGGAUUUUCGAUUUGACUUUUCCAAGCUCCCAAGCAAGCACUUUUCCAUCUCCUCCACCAGCACGUGUAGCUCAAGCGUGUAGAGCACCUCCUCUUUGUGUUGCACUAAUCUGGCCAGUGACGAUCAAGCCCAUUGCGGUGUCACCUUAACUGCGUUUAACCGAGGCCGCUUGUUGCUAAUAAUGAUUCAAAGACGAUGGGUGGGCGAAGUAGCGAAUGUCGGUUGGCGUUAGUGGACAAGAGACAGAUGGACUUGCAGCUUCAGGACUUUUUUUUUUGUACAUAUGCAGCAUAAAGCGAACCCUGACGCUUUUUCAUAUAUUAUUUUGUUGUUGUUUCUCUUAUAUUAAAAGGAAACAUUUUUUUUUUACAGCACAGAUGCUCCGAAUAUUUUUUUUUUUACAUUGCUUUGAGAAGCUGUUGUGAACAUACGUUAAAGUAGAAGUCAAGUCAAAAAUAUUCUUCGCGAUAAUAUGUUUGACGUGGCAGAAUUGCGACAGUGGGAAAACAAUUAAGAGGAUUGGAUGUCAACAUCCUUGUCUGGUGGAAAACAGGUUGGAUUAGUCUUCUUAGUUUGUAUUACACAAAUGCAAAAAAAUUUAAAAUUAGGGGGGGGGGGCACAUAGAAUAUAUUAUUGCAAAACAAAUAUUUUUGACUUGACUUGGCUUUAAGAUUCUAUUGUAGCUUUGAGGACAAGGGGGGGAAGACAACCUGUUGAAUGUAAAACUUACAAAAAUAAAAGUUGUUUUGGUUGUAUCUGCCGUGUAGUGUGUACUGCCUCUAGUUAUGAUUUUGGCAUCCAAAUGUUUCAACGUCGCUGUGGCGUCUUUUGCCGCGCUGCUUCGUCAUAUGGAAUGGCAGCAACCGUGCAGUAUUGCUCCUCUUAAAGUACCGUUUGGCAGAGACACAAGUGUUAACUUCUGCUCACUCGCUCUGCUUUUUGUUUUUGUGCCGUCAAGAUGUUUGCGAGGCAGGAAAACCAAGAGGGAGUCGUAUUCCUGUCUUGCACAUUCCAUCAUACGGAAGCUUUUAGUGUCUUCCACACAAGCUCUUUGGAAAGCCUUUAUAUCAUCUCCUUGAUACCCAUCUUAAGAUCUUGGUCGUCAUUAAUUUGCACACCAGUUGAAAAACUACUAAUUCGCACUAGUACAACGACUGUCUUACUGGUAAAGUUUUAUUCUCUACUGCCUUCCUAUGGAAAGAUGUUUGAGCAUUUAUUAAUUUUCGGAUCAGAUACUAGUAAAGUAUUUGUCCUCACCAGUAAAAGAACAACUAGGGCACAUUAGCAGAGCAGAUGUGUCUUCAAAGCGGAAAGAGUAUUACUCUUACCAUGCAUGUAAUUUCCAUGUUUGGUCUACUAGUUUGAAGUUAAUGUCCAUGUACUUGUACACUCUUUGUUGUCGCUAGUAAGACCACUACAUGGUAGUAGUGAGGAAAAACUUACACUAGCUUUCUACUACGGACACAAAAUUCUAUUAGUUAACAUCUAUUGUUCCACCAGACAAUUCACUUCACUUCUCUAGUUGUGUGAAUGUUUGUUUUCGGUAUCCUUGAUAUCCACCUUAAGAUCUACAAACUACUAAUCCAAAAGAUGCACUAGUAGUGGACUUUUUUUAUACUAAGGCACUUGCUCGGACAUAAACGUCCUAACAGUGUGUCGAAUCAUCUUUCCGAUGAGGAUGAAGAAGGUACGAGUACAUGGAUGUUAAGUUAAAUGUCAACUGGCUUUCUUUCCAUUGUCUCCUUUUUUCCUCCAGGUUUAAGCCUUUUAGCCAGCACAUUAAGCUAACGGAACCCCGUCAAAUGUGCACAGAGGACGCCUCCAUGUAUUUUUCCCCAAAAUGUCAACAUUUUGCUGCUUUUUUUUGGUGGAAUGUUAGUUUUUGUGUGCAUCAGCAGCAAAGCUUUCCAAAUCCGACGUGAUGAUUGCAAUGGCAGCUCCGCUUUGCUUCCUUCCUUUUGUCCCUCACAUGACCCUCGUUUUUUUUUCUCUCGUAGUUGUGGAGCCCCAUGCGGGCCGCAACCUUUUGCGUUUUGUGUUUUCAUUGAUUGAUUGAUUGAUUGAUUGAUUUGUCUGCUUAAGACAAUGGAUAGAUGAAAUGAUGAGGUAAUUUCCUAUGUCGAGAAUGUGUCUGGGUUCAUUUGGUGAGAUGUCACUGAAGGCUUUGUUACGCGUUUCCCUCUCUGUACCGUAAUGCGUUACUAUUACCAUCACGAUGGAAACUCAUGGAGCAUUUCAUCAAUAUCCUUGAUAUCCUUAAUAACUGUGUUGAACGAGCAGCUUCCCAAACCCUACUGAUAGCAUCAGAAGGCACUAAUAGUGUUGCAGAAAUGCCACGCAGUUCUGGAAAAGAAGUUUACUAGUGCGACGCAAUCAUUGUCUUACUAGUGAAGGAGGACAGAGUGCACUAGUAUAUGAUUGGACCUUAAGCAGGAUAUCAUUUGAAAUCGUUGAUAUCCACUUUCAAGUCAUACUAGUAUGUGGUAAAUGUUACAAGUUUUACUUGUGCGCCUCCUAGAAAGAGUACAAGCUAGAUUUCAAGGCUAUCGAAUAAAUGCUCCAAAAGCUUUCCAUAUAUCUGCCAUACCACGUGACACAUUGGAGGGGACCGAAUGGUUUUGUCGUACUCCUCCCCGUCAUCAUCAGCACAGUGCUGACGGAGGGAAGACUUUGCCAAGAGUUUUUGUGUGAAUGUCAAGCGCCAAUGGCUGAGCAUGUGAUCACGUGAUCUAUGUGAUGUAAUGUGAGUGAAAGCAAAUAAAAAGAAAAUGGAACAAA